AUGGGAUUCGGAACCCGGAGUCCGGCAGGGGGAGACAGAGCAUGGUUUCCCAGAACGUGGAACGUGAGAACGUUGUUAAGACCAGGAAGAUUUGAAGAACUUAAACAACAAAUGACACUUAAACAGCUUGAUAUUUUAGGAGUGUGUGAAACUAGAUGGGGUGACAACGGAGAUUUCUGGAGAGAUAAACAAGGGAAAAAUGGUGUUGGAAUACUAUUAAACAAAGAAUGGAGACUUGGAGACGACGAAAUCGAACAAGUGUAUGAUUCUCUAGAUGAACUGCUAGGAAUAACUCGAGAUAGCGAUAAUGUAAUUAUUAUGGGCGAUUUCAAUGCGGUAGUAGGAGAAGGACAAGACAAUCAAAUAGUAGGCAAACAUGGCUUAGGAACAAGAAACAUCCGAGGUGAAAGAUUAGUCAAUUUUUGUAAGCAGAACAUUUUUCUAGUUUCCAACACAAUGUUUGAAGUACCAAAAAGAAGACUCUAUACAUGGGUAGCAUCAGGGGAUACUAAUCGUUACCAAAUUGACUAUGUGUUAGCAAAGAGCCGUUUUAAGAACCAAAUAAUUGUGACUUGUAAUUACAAGUCACAGUUUUCCUAG